UUCAAGUCCGGAGAUUCUGAAGAAGCUAUAUAUGAAAAAUCUUUAGCCCUUAUAGACGGGGAAGUUGAAGCUUGGAGAAAAAAAGCUGAAGAAGCUCAUGUCCAUCAAUUUGUGCUCCACAACAGACUUCGAGAAGAGAUAGUUCAUCUAAGAUCUCAAAUGGCCUCCAAGGAUAAAGUAAUCAAGCAUCUGAUGAAAGAAAUAAGAAAGAUAACGGAAGAGAAUACACUUUACGAACAAUGCUUGAAGCGGAUUAGCAACUUGCCCAAUCUAAGUGCUUUUUUGCGCAAAACAUUUCCAACGUUAAUAAGAAAUAUAGCUGAACCCUCUUCAACCAUUCCAGAUGCUGGCAACUUUUCCAACAUAGUGGACGAUAAGUCAGACUCUGUUUUUGCAGAGAAUAAAAUUUCUUUAUCAAAAAUAGUAAAAGAAUCCUCUAGUCGACAUAAUUCUAUUACUUUUGACAAUGAUCAUACAGUAAACAUGGCUAUCUCGGGAUCUGAUGUUAUUGCUUCAAGUAUUAUUGCAUCAUCUCGCGAAGAGGAAAUAGCAGUAUCGCAAAAAUUAUUUGAAUACAAGUAA